GGCUGUAGGCACUCUCCUUGGCUCUCAUGGUGAAGAUGGCACUCCUCCUCUGUCUCGCCGCAUGGUGCCUUGCUCUCGGGACAGCGGCGCCUCACAACUCCCGGCCGCCGCAGCCACUUCGGCCUUGGUCGCUGGACAGCCCCUCCGAGGACCCUCUCGUCCCCUCCUUCGCCCAAGGUGACCGCGUCGAACCCCUCGUCAGGGAGCGGCGGCAGACGGCGGGCCUGAAUGCCGAGGGUCUCGCCCUCAAACACGACAGUCCCGUUGGUGAGCUGUUCCACGGCACUCACGUAAACGUGAACGAAGGAACCAAUUCCCUACACUACGGCGGCGGGGUCGGCGCUGUCCUCGGCAAGUCUCCCGACGGGCGACACUCCUUGGGCGCCGCGACGUACGGCCAGCAGUCGGUCUUCGGCGGAGACACUUUGUCGUUCUCUCAUCCCAACCUCGGCGUUGGCGUCGGCUACCGGUACAACGGCGACAAAACUUCGGUCGCUCUCGGCGCCCAUGCUCAGUCGUUCGGAGGAGGCGUUGCUGAAAAAGGAGCAUCUCUGAACCUGGAACACCGACUCAAUGACCGACACUCACUGUUCGGCGGCAUCUCUCGCAGCAACACUAACUAUCCCGGGCCAAUCUCUCAAACGAACACAAACAUGAACUUGGGUUACCGCCACAACUUUAACGACAGAACUUCUCUCAGCAUUGGUGGUCACCGAAGCACCUCUGAUUUUGGAAGCUUUGGUCGCGCCGCCAAUCACGGUUUCAGCCUCGGCUUCCGCCACAGAUUCUGAUUUACUUUGUAAUUUAGCAUUUUAUCGUUGUAAUGAUAAAUGCAAUAUGAUGAGGUGCACGUUGGUGGGAAGGAUGAUAGUUCUGUUUAUGUUAUUAAUAAAUAAAGAGAACUACCUUAUCA